CGGAAAAUUUGCUAACCGGAAGGGAAGGCCAGAGCCAAGAAGAAGAAGAAGAAGAAGAAGAACACAGCCGCCGCCGAUGAGACAAGCGAAAGAAGAGAAAGUAUUCUCCCACUGGUGAGGUCUCCUCUUCCUCCGGCUCAUCUACCUGCCUUACCUGAAUUUGCCCCCCCCCCCUUUCCCAUCUAAACUCAGCCUCACCCAGCCCCUCACCAUCCCCCGCACCGAGCCUAACGUGGACCAGACUUCCACCCUCCUCUUCUUCUUCUUUCUCCCAAUUUUCAACACUGCACCAUGGCAGGGCGAGGCGGACCAGCACGGACCAACGGCACUGCAGCGAGCAACAAGAUCUGCCAGUUUAAGUUAGUGCUGUUGGGGGAGUCGGCGGUGGGGAAAUCCAGCUUGGUGCUGCGCUUUGUAAAAGGCCAGUUUCACGAGUACCAGGAGAGCACCAUCGGAGCUGCCUUCCUCACACAGACGGUAUGUUUGGAUGAUACAACAGUCAAAUUUGAGAUCUGGGACACUGCAGGACAGGAACGGUAUCACAGCUUGGCACCCAUGUACUACAGGGGAGCCCAGGCAGCCAUUGUGGUCUACGAUAUCACCAACACAGAUACAUUCACACGUGCAAAGAACUGGGUGAAGGAGCUCCAGCGACAAGCCAGCCCAAACAUUGUUAUUGCACUGGCAGGGAACAAAGCAGACCUGGCCAACAAGAGAGCUGUAGAUUUCCAGGAAGCACAAGCAUAUGCAGAUGACAACAGUUUGCUCUUCAUGGAGACUUCAGCCAAGACUGCUAUGAAUGUUAAUGAGAUUUUUAUGGCUAUAGCCAAGAAGCUUCCUAAGAACGAGCCUCAGGGUGGAGCUGGAGCUGGUGGACGAGCCAGAGGCGGCGUGGACCUGCAGGAAGCCGCACCACAGGGCAGAAGCGGCCAGUGCUGCGGGAGCGGGAACUAAUCCACAUAACGAGUCAGCUGAUCCAACCAAUUUGCAGCUUCGAUCAACCAGACCAGAUAUUAUCCAGCUGUCAAACAAUGUCCCAUCGGUCAGACCAAACCACGGUCAGACCCACUACCCUAUGAAGCAACACAGCACCAAUUAACUGUUUGGCAAACGAGACCACUGGCCAGUAAACUGCCAGAUCCCACCGAUGGUUCCACCUGUUGAACCGACCAACAGACCAAGAAAUCAAACCCAACAGGCUUAUUUACAGAAUCGUGUUUUAACCCAAGGACCUCGCCAAUCCAUGACCUCUCUAUUGAUGAUGGACACUUGAUGUCACCUUAGAGGGGGGAAGAAAAAAAAACAACAACGUCCCAAUCGUGGAAGAAGAUUAAAAAAAGAAAAAGAAAAGAUCAGUCAUAACCAAUGGCACUUGGUAAGGCCAUCUUGCUCACCUUUGUAUCUGUAUUUGUGUAGAGGAAAAAAAAUAAAAUAAAUGCAACAGGAAGGAAUAAUAUACAGGCUCAUUGGCCCUGUCCUUUCUCUUCUACCCCCUCCCACCCCCACCUUACCCCUGCUUUCCCAUGCACCAUAAAUUUCUAAAGUAUUUCCAUCAUGGUCUUAUGACGCUGUUCAAACUCGACUCCCUUUUUAAGUGGGUGGCAGGUGCAUGCAGCAAUCCUUCACUGUUCUGUCUUGUUCCUGGUCAGCUGCCUGGAAGAGAAGAAAAGAGAGAGAGGGUUCGUAACAGGAGGACAGGAAUGGACAGAUACUUCCUUCUUGAUAGAACUGUUGUAGAUUGAAUUAUUACCUUGUUAUUGUUAUCACUAUUAUUAUUAUUACUUCAUUUCUUUUGACACAGGCUGUUCAGUAUGAUUCUAAAGCCUAGACUACUUGAGGUUUUACAAUCAUUCAUCUAUAUUACCAAACCAUAUACAGUAAAUAGUACUUUAUUAACAUCGUCACCCAUGAGUAAUUUUAGCAUUAAUGUAACGUUUUUGAAUCAUCAGUGUACAAUGACAAAUACAAAAGGCAAGAUUUGUUUUCUUGACCAAAAUCACAACUGUGUAUUGAAAGCAUAUUGCUGUAUUUGUAUCAGAACUUUGCAAGUUUAUAAUCAAUCAGUAGUUAUUGUCAAAACAAUAUCUUCCCAAUCUCUACAUGAUGUCUUGUCAACUUUAAUUAUUUUGUGAUGGAUUUUUUUUUGUUUGUUUUUUUCUUUCUGAAGAUCUAUGGUAUUAAAUGCACUGGUUCUGUCUCAUCAUCUUUUGUGAAUUGAGAUGUUAUACUCAGUUUCCUUUUCCUUAAAUGUUCUGUCUUUUAUUUUACUCUUCAUAUCAGGGAGGAAUCGCUUUAAACAGUGUUGUCAUCCUGUUAUGGCAUCAACAACUAGCACAACCGAACCUGUACAGCGGCCGUUGCUGUGAGGUGGGGGAUG